AUGAACACGAUCCGGCAAAUCCAAGAGCUCAACAAGCGCGAGCUGGAGCAAGGCAUCACACCAGAAGGGUCCUGGCACGCCGACUACCGGGACACAGCCUACAUCUACAUCGGGGGGCUAUCAUUCGACCUCUCCGAAGGCGACAUCCUGACCAUCUUCUCGCAGUACGGGGAGCCGGUAUUCGUGAACCUGGUGCGCGACAAGGAGACGGGCAAGAGCAAAGGCUUCGCGUUCCUCAAGUACGAGGACCAGCGCAGCUGCGACUUGGCAGUCGACAACCUGGGGGGCGCGACGGUGCUGGGCCGUGUGCUGAGGGUUGAUCAUACGCGGUAUAAGAAGAAAGAAGGCGAGGAGGAGAAGGGCAUUGAUGUUGGGGCGCUGGAGGCUGCGGCUGCGGGCAAGGGGGGGAGGGGGCAGAGCCCCGGCGCCAGCGACAGUGAAGGCGAUAACGAACCCCCCCGUCCCCUCCUGAAAGAGGAGCGCGACCUCGCGGCCCUGCUCCGCGACCACGACGACGACGACCCCAUGAAGGCG